CUCUCUUCCUCUUGGGCUGCUGCUGCUGCUGGCAUGAUGCUGGGCGGGCGCUGCUUCCUGCUCCUGGGGGCUGCUGCCCGGCCUUUGGUGCCCGGGGCGCGGGCCCAGUCCUCCUUGGCCCAGCUGAAGCAGGUGCUGGAGGGGGAGCUGGAGGGCAUCCGAGGCGCCGGGACCUGGAAGAGCGAGAGGGUCAUCACCUCCAAGCAGGGGCCGCACAUCCAGGUGGAAGGCAGCCAGGGAGAUAUUCUGAAUUUCUGUGCCAACAAUUACCUAGGACUCUCCAGUCAUCCUGAAGUAAUCCGUUCUGGACUAGAUGCCCUGAAGGAAUAUGGUGCUGGACUCAGUUCUGUCCGCUUCAUCUGUGGAACGCAAAAUAUACACAAAGAUCUGGAGGAGAAAAUUGCUUGCUUCCAUCAGAGAGAAGAUGCCAUUCUCUAUGCCAGCUGCUUUGAUGCUAAUGCUGGAAUCUUUGAGGCAGCUCUGACUCCUGAAGAUGCAGUACUUUCAGAUGAAUUGAAUCAUGCCUCCAUCAUUGAUGGGAUCCGGCUGUGUAAAGCCAAUAAAUAUCGCUACAAACACAUGGACAUGCAAGACCUGGAAGCCAAAUUGCAGGAUGCACAAAAAUUUCGUCUACGAAUGGUGGUAACUGAUGGUGCUUUCUCCAUGGAUGGCGACAUUGCCCCUUUGAAGGAAAUCUGUAGCCUAUCUGAGAAGUACAGUGCCAUUGUUUUUGUUGAUGAAUGUCAUGCCACUGGAUUCCUGGGGCCCAACGGACGGGGCACUGACGAACUCUUGGGUGUGAUGGAUAAAGUCACCAUAAUCAACUCAACCCUUGGAAAGGCACUUGGAGGCGCAGCAGGGGGCUACACAACUGGCCCCAAGGCACUUGUUGACCUUCUCCGCCAGCGUUCCCGACCGUACCUCUUCUCCAAUAGCUUGCCUCCUGCUGUAGUUGGCUGUGCCUCCAAGGCUCUGGAUCUGCUCAUGGAGAGCAAUGCCAUUGCACAGUCUAUGGCUGCCAAGACUGCACGGUUUCGAAGUAAGAUGGCAGCAGCUGGAUUCACCAUUUCAGGCAAUAAUCAUCCUAUUUGUCCUGUGAUGUUGGGUGAUGCCCGGCUUGCUUCAGCGAUGGCUGAUGACAUGUUAAAGAGAGGCAUCUAUGUCAUUGGAUUCAGCUACCCUGUGGUGCCAAAGGGAAAAGCCCGUAUCCGUGUGCAGAUCUCAGCUGUUCACAGUGAAGAGGAUAUUGAUCGGUGUGUGGAGGCCUUUACUGAAGUGGGCCGCAAACAUGGAGCUUUGUCUUGAAUGGAUGAGAAAUGAAAGCUGUGGUCCAAGCAGAACUUGGGGGAGUCAUGUUUCUGGAGUACAGCUCCUAGAAUCCCCCACUCAGAUGGACUUGUGUUACCAAAGACUGUGGCCCUGCAGGCUGGCUGUUGUGAUCCAGAAAAGUAACUUUUUCAAAGUCUGAAGGUGGGCCAUAUGAGAACAGAAUUUUUAGAGAACAGAAGAUUGCUUUGAACAAGGGUUUGCUGUUCUGAUGGGUUGUAGGCUCUUUCCACAUUCACUUCUGAUCAAAAUACUGAUGUUCAGCCUGAUGUGAUAGUGGGACAAAACUAGAACUUGGGUAGGUUACUUUUUUUUGCUACAACUUCCAGAAAUUUCCACUUAGCAUGACCAUGGGAUUUGAGGAUUUGUGGUCCAAAAAUGUAAUUUUCCCUAGCUCUGGAUAAAAAAAAUGUGUGCACACCAUGGAUGGUAAUAAUUCAUAUUCCCAGCUUCUUUCUCAUUACUUCAUGUCUGGCUCCAGCCUAAGUCAUACUGGUGUAUUCUACCUCCAAUCAAAAUAACCACAGUGCCUGGAGGAGGGCAGAAUAAUAAAGGUGACGUUGACCUCA